AGCCAGGGAAACCACCAAUCUGUGCAAGUGCAAAACCCUUUCAAAAGGAAUUUUCCUGGAUUCGCAGAGGAAGAGAACAGAGGGCCAAGAGACCCGUGGCUGUCGUGGAGCGCCAGAAACCAUUUGCAGCCCUGAAUGGGGCGGCUCGGGACGUCCUUCCAGGAGCUGUCCCACGGGUGCGGGCUGCGGGGACACUCGGAGGGCUGGUUCUCGGCCCUCGGACUCUAACUGGUGAAGACGCCCCGUGGUUUGGACACGGGGGGGGCACGUUUCCGUGGUUUGCUUGGAGAAAACCCCAGCAAGAUGUCAGAUUUGCUCUCCGUCUUGCUGCACCUCGUGCUCGUCCUGAAACUGGCGGCUCCGGUGACCUUCCGCCACCACCGCUACGACGAGCUGGUGCGGCUGCUGUACAAGGUGCACAACGAAUGCCCCCACAUCACGCGCGUCUACAGCGUCGGGCGCAGCGUGCAGGGGCGGCACCUCUACGUGCUGGAGUUCAGCGACUACCCUGGAAUCCAUGAGCCCCUGGAACCGGAAGUCAAGUACGUGGGGAACAUGCAUGGCAACGAGGUGGUGGGCCGCGAGCUGCUGCUGCAGCUGUCUGAGUUCCUGUGCGAGGAGUUCCGGAACGGGAACCAGCGCAUUGCGCGGCUGGUGCAGGGCACGCGCAUCCACAUCAUGCCGUCCAUGAACCCAGACGGCUACGAGGUGGCUGCGGCCCAGGGCCCGGACACGUCUGGGUAUCUGGUCGGCAGGAACAACGCGAAUGGAGUGGACCUAAACCGGAACUUCCCUGACCUCAACACCUACAUCCACUACAACGAGAAGUAUGGAGGCCCCAACCACCACUUGCCUCUUCCGAACAACUGGAAAAGUCAGGUGGAGCCCGAGACGCAGGCCGUGAUCCAGUGGAUGCGCUCCCUCAACUUCGUUCUUUCGGCCAAUCUCCACGGAGGGGCAGUGGUGGCCAAUUACCCGUAUGACAAGUCCCUAGAGCAUCGGGUCCGAGGUUUCCGCCGCACCGCCAACACCCCCACGCCUGAUGACAAGCUUUUCCAGAAGCUGGCCAAGGUCUACUCCUAUGCCCACGGAUGGAUGCACCAAGGCUGGAACUGUGGCGAUUACUUCCCGGAUGGCAUCACCAACGGGGCUUCCUGGUACUCCCUCAGCAAGGGAAUGCAAGACUUUAAUUAUCUCCAUACCAACUGCUUCGAGAUCACGCUGGAACUGAGUUGCAACAAGUUUCCCCGCCAAGAGGAAUUACAGCGGGAGUGGCUGGGUAACCGGGAGGCCCUAAUCCAGUUCUUGGAACAGGUUCACCAGGGCAUCAAGGGGAUGGUGCUGGAUGAGAACUACAACAGCGUCCCAAAGGCCGUCAUUUCUGUCAGUGGGAUCAACCACGAUGUCACCUCAGGUGACCAUGGCGAUUACUUCCGGCUGCUGCUUCCAGGCACCUACACUGUCACCGUCUCAGCUCCUGGGUUCGACCCAGAGACAGUGAGCGUGACCGUGGGUCCUGCGGAACCAACCCUGGUUAACUUCCACCUCAAGAGAAGCAUCACCGAAGCAGCCCCGAUGAGGAGAGUGCCCAGCAGAGGGCAAGGAGGCAGAGCUCGGAAGAAAGAGGUAGAGAGGAAGCCACCCCAGAGAGGCCCGGCCUGACCCCGCAGAGCCCCGGGAAACAGCCUCAGGAAGGCCUCGUCUGCCCCUCAUCAGAUGACGCAUUCUUUGCAUUUUAUUAUCCGGGACAUAUUUAAGUCUAAGCAUAUUCAGAACAAUGUGGCAGGGCCGAGUCCUGGGCAGUCAUUAAAGGACUCAGAACCUGCUGUAAGCCGCUGCCCUAGUCCGCACACCCAGCUGGGUGGGGAGGGUUUCCUGUGUGUGUGUGUGUGGGGGGGAAUGGUACAGGCUCCACACCAGGCCGCACCAUAUCCAGAGACUGGUUCUGACUCCACAGAGCGCACAGCGUGCAAUGGAGUAAGCGCUCCGUGGAGAUGUCUGCAGAUGGCUGAAGCACUGCAUGGCCCCCUCAUUGAUGUCAUUCUCAUGCAAAACCAGAGGUCUUUCUCAGCAAUAGCUACAGUUCCUUACCAAGUCCCACUGCCGCCCCUCUUCCUCUUCACACAGGGCCGCUUCCA